AUGGAUAACAAUGGAAAUCAGCUUAUUCAAGUGGAGCGUGUCGUUGAGAUCAAUGAGAGAGAUAUUUUGGUGGGGGAUUUCAUGAUAUCGCUGAUCGUUGAGAACCGUUCCAGCAUAAUAUAUCCUUCAUAUAGGCACGACAACUUCCAACUGAGGCCAGAUGUGAUUAAUUUGUUCUCCAACAACAUUCAUUUCUAUGGGAGAAAUGAUAAAAAUCCACACUACCAUCUCUCUUGUUUUCUGGAGUAUUGUGGAAACUUCGAGUAUCAAGGGAUCAAUGAAGAAGCACUUAAGAUGCGAUUAUUUUCUCAUACUCUAAAAGAUAAGGCUCGGGAGUGGUUGGACUCAUUGCCACCUGGUAGCAUCACUACAUGGAUGGAUGUGAUUCUAAAGUUCACGCUAAAAUAUUUUCCAUUAGCUAAGAUUAAAAGGCUCAAAAUUGAAAUUUCAACCUUCCAACAAGCCGAAUCAGAAAACUUUCAUGAGGCAUGGGAAAGGUUCGAAGAGUUGCUGAGGAAGUGUCCAAGCCAUGGUUUUCCACUACCAGCCCAAAAUCAUUAUGUUUACGUUGGGUUAACUCUUUAUAGCUGUUCAGUAGAGGAUUCGACAACAGGUGGUUCCAUUCAAAAUAAAUCAGCUGGGCAGCUUCAUGACCUUUUUGAGACAAUGAGUGAGUACUUUGUGAUGUGGCCAAAUAAAAACUCACAUAAAAGAGUAGCUGGAAUGCAUGAAGUGGAUGUUAACACGUUAAUGUUGGCCAAGAUUGACGCACUAUCAAAGCUGAUGGAAGCCUUGAAGCAGCAAAAUAACCCAUUCUCACAGACAUACAAUCCAGGCUGGAGAAAUCAUCCUCAUUUUUCUUAUGGUAAUACUCAAAACAUCCAAAAUCCACCAAAACAAGGGAGACCACAUGAAGAAAAAGGAGGAUUGGAAGAAGCGAUUUCCAAGCUUCAAAAACGAAGCGAAUGGACUAAUGCAACCAUUAAGAAUAUUGAAAAUCAAAUUGGGCAGUUAGCAAAAAUCCUAACAGAAAAGCAACUGGGCACGUGGCCAAGUAAUACAGAAGUUAACCCCAAUGAGCAAGUGAAUGCAAUCACAACAAGGAGUGAGGUGCAUUUUUUGAAAAUCCAUGUUAAAAAACCAAGUGUGGCAAAAGAAAAUGGUACAGCUAAGGAGACAACUGAUCAAGAUGAUGAGCCCAAAGUAAUAGUUGAAAAAGUGAAGGUUGCUCUGCCACUGGUCAAUCCUUAUGUUCCACCUAUUUCGUUUCCUCAAAGGUUGCGUAAGCACAAGUUGGAUAAGCAAUUUGAGAAAUUUUUGGAGGUAUUCAAGAAGCUACAUAUCAAUAUACCAUUUGCUGAAGCUCUGUCUCAAAUGCCCAGCUAUGUUUAA